GGGGGCGACGACGGGAGGUGGGAGGAAAUCGGAAAGAGACGCUGAAGGGAAACUAGGGCCGUAGAGGGGUAGAAGGGAUUGAGGGGGGUGAGCAAGAAGGAGGAGGAGGCACGGGAGGAACUACGACGAGGACGACAACGGCGACGACGACGACGACGAGGAGGACGGAGGAGCGCCGGCGGUGGAGGGGGUGGACAUCCACGCGGGAACACGAGGCAGGCGCACCCGGCCGGCACGCGCGCACACAUCCUAAGAUGUGAUUUCAAAAAUGGCGGAUUGCCCCUAUGCCCGCUGCAUACAGGAACGCAGACACAUCCGACGGGAGCUGCUGCGAUGGACAAAGAAUAUGGUCUUCGUAGUUGGUCUGGAACGGGUAGCGGAGGAGUUGAUGGGCCGUAGGAGAUGGAAGCAAUACCAGGACACCCUGUACAGCGGCACCCGCAGCAGCGAAUCAGCGACGGCACAGCCCCACCAUCGGCUUUAUCCGGCGUUGUCGUCGUCCUGCAACCCGAUACCCGGGAGCCUGGACCAAAUUGGGCCGCAGCUGCAUCAUCCGGUACCAUCGUCGUUGCCGUCGGCGAUAGCGUCGACGGCGCUGACGACGGCCACAACAACGACGGCGACGACUCUCGCGACCAGUGUGGUAAAGCAGGAGAGCCUGCAGAGGCAUCACCUGCAGAACCACCAUCACCAUCUGCAAGCGCCAGCUCACCAGGAUCACCAUCUGCAGCAGCAGGAGGAUCUCCGCCGCUUGAGGCCGGGCGAGAUCAAGGUCGAGGCUGCCGACGAGGAGCCCGCGGACGGUGUCGCGCGGGAGGACGUUGCCAUCGCGAGAACGACGGACACGGUGACGUCUACAACGGCAACAACGACGGGAGCGACGACAGCGACGACGAUGACGACGGCGACCGCGUCGGCGACAACAACGGCGUCCGGCACGACGACUAUAACGACGAGACGGCGACGCGGACGUCGGCAGAUCGACGGGGAGGACGUCGAUGGCGAGGAGGACGGCGACGAGAACGACGACGAGACGGGACGGGGCCAAAACGAGGUGGAAAAACGGCUAAAGCUCGAUGUGGACGCCGACAGAUCGGCGGCCAGCCCACUCAGGACGGAAAACGAUCGUGCGAAUCAUCCGAUUGCCAACGCUACCGACACGGAAGGGACCAAGGAACGAACGGAGGAGAUCGCGUUGGAGCGGGCACCGGUAACGCAUGGCUUACUGAGGGUAAAGAAGGAGGAGGAGCUACAAGAAGUGUCGGGUUCUGGCGGCGGUUCGACGAUACUGACGACGCCGGCGACCGAUUCGGAAGGGACCAGGUCGGGGCUGUUAUGCCGCGAGGGAAACGCAACGAGCGUCCCGGCGCCGUUUCUCCUUGGAAGACGCAUGAGCCCGCCGCCGGAGGAUUGGAAGCCGCUCGACAAGUGUUACUUUUGCCUCGACGGCAAGCUACCCCACGACGACCAGCCGCCCCUUAGUCCGCAGAGCGACAGUGGCAGCAGUUCGCGAUCGGCGGAAUCACCAAUGUCGGUCCAGGUGGAUCCGAUGGCGGCGUCCGUGGUCGCCGCCGCUCUCAGCGGCACUUAUCCCACCCUGCUGCCCCAAUGGUGCUUACCGCCGAGGGAGGCACCCCUCGUUGGGGUGCAGACCCACCAGGACAGCGCCGCGGUGGCCGAUCAACCGCUCGAUCUCUCGGCCAAACCCAGAAAUUCUCAGGACAACAACAUAUCCCUACUAGAGCAACAGAAAAUACCUCUGAGAAUGCCGACAGGCAUCGAUCCCAAAACUAUUCUCAACUCGUGUUACCGCGCGAAACCGCGAAUGACCGGACCAGUUGCGGCCGCGGCGGCGGCGGCGGCGGCAGCUGCGGCAGGCGUCGGUGGUGUUCCAGUGGUGGGUGCCGGGGGUGGCAGGAGGACUUACACCGAGGAGGAACUGCAGGCCGCUCUUAGGGACAUCCAGAGCGGCAAGCUCGGCACGCGGAGGGCGGCGGUGAUCUACGGGAUACCGCGUAGCACGCUGCGCAACAAGGUCUACAAGCUCGCGAUGGAACGCGAAAGGGACGCGUCCCUGACUAGCACCCAUUCACACCCUCACGAGCCCGGCGCCCCAGCCACCACCACCACCACCAUCACCACCACCACCACCACCACCACUACUACUACUACUACUACAACACCAAAUACGACCCAAAACGCCUCCGCGACCACUCCGCCCCCGCAAGUGGACGAGGUGGACGACAAAGAAUUAUCCGGCGCGGAAGAAGAGAAGGAAGUCGAGAAGGCCCUGUUGAAGCCUCUGCUUUCGUUGGAGGAUCUCGUCAGGUUCUCUGCGUUCGAAGGUACCGGUGGUGAUUCCCUCAGGAACCUGUUACAACGGGGACACGAGACAGGAACUGAAUGGCCGGGAUUGGAACACGCCAACAUUGGUCCUUACAUUCAGAAGAUGUUGGCUGCCGCUGUGCCAUUAGGACUGGACACACGAGACUAUCGCAUACCGGAAGUGGUGAGGAAGCUGAUGAGCGAAGAUAAGAGGCUGAACAAGAAUGUGAACGGCGAUCAGUCGCAGUCGCAUCAUCAGCACCAUCACCAUCCCUUAGCUGCGCAUCAGCAGACGCAGUCGCAGCAGCAGCGCGUACCCAUGACGAACGACGACUUCAAUCCCAACAUCGAGGAGGAGGCCAGCGACAGCGCUCAGGGCAGAGCGAUACUGAAGAUUCCGUCCUACAAGCCCGCCAGCACGCCGGGCUGUUCCAGCAAGAACGGCGAGCCGACUUCCGCCGCGUUCGCCCAGGGUUUCGCGGCUGCCGCCUCGAGUCCGGGUCUUCUGGAGCGAGCUAGCCCAGCCUUCUCCGGCACCAGUAGCCCCACGAAUUCGCUGGUGGGCAAAGCGGUGGCCGUCAACUUCCGCGACGUCAUCGCCAAGAGCAUCAGUGUUAAAUUUCAGGAAGGCCAAACACCCGGCGCGGCCGGUAUGCCGGGUUGCCAAUCGGCCGGCGUCGUUCCGUCGCAGCAGGCCAUGAUGACGGACCCGAACCCGUUCAAGAGGGGUCGUUACACGCCCCCGCAACCGCCGCAGCAACAGCAGCAGCAACAGCCGUCGUCGCAGCAACAGCAGCAGGCCAAGCAGCAGUCGCAAGACGCGAACAAGUCGAAGCAGGGCACCGGAGGCAAGGGUACCAGACCGAAACGCGGCAAGUACAGGAACUACGAUAGGGAUAGUCUCGUCGAGGCGGUACGCGCGGUACAGCGCGGUGAGAUGAGCGUGCAUCGUGCUGGCAGCUUUUACGGAGUUCCGCACUCCACCCUUGAGUACAAAGUCAAGGAGCGGCAUCUCAUGAGGCCGCGAAAGAGGGACCAGAAGCAACCAGACGACAAAUCGAAGGAGACCGCGACGACGGCAGCGGCAGCGGCGGCCGCGGUGAUGCGGCCAGGCGCUGCCGGCGUCGACAAGAAACCGCAGUUGAAACCGCAGCAGAAGCCGUUUACGCCGCCGGGUGGCAUACCCGGUCCGAACGGAUUGAAAAUGCCUCCGUUCAUGGAGGGCAUGCCUCCUCACUUGCCGUUCGCGGCCUUCAACUUCUGGAACCCGGGACCCUUCAUGCCCUCGCCCUUUAUGGGUGGCGGACCGAACGUGCCGAUCCUGCCGGAACAAUACUUUGCGGCAUCGCAGAGAAUACGCGGGCUGCAGGAACAACAACGAAACGCGGCGAUGGUACAACAACAGCACCAGCAACGAGACCGUGACGGCGGUGUUGGCGUAUCCGGAACGCCAGACGCAGCUGGAACCUCGAAUUCUCGAAGCGCGUCGAUGGCGAAGGCGCCGCGCGACGUGGUAGAAAGUAUCUAUGACGGGUCUGGGGCGAACGGCAGUUUCUUGGACAAUCUGAUCAGGUCGAGCCUCGAGACAGGCAUACCACCAAGGGACCAGCGUACGAUGGCGGAAGUGAGGAACCAGCAGCAGCAAUCGUCGUCGCAAGCGCAACAUCCGGAGACGAUGAGUAGUAAGACGUUGAUCGAUCAGCUUUGCAGAAAUUCGAGAAGAACUCCGCUGCCUCGGAUAGCGCAAGAUAGCAGUGAGGAUGAGAGUUAUCGAGGACCAGCGGGCAGGAUAGUGCCGGAAAGGCCUGAGCGUGUGCCUACGGUUGAUCUCAGCCCAUCACCAUCGGAGAGGGGUCGUACGGAGGACGGCAGCGAUCGGCUCACGUCACCACCGACGCCUCUGUCGAUUUCUCGAGCAGGUAGCAGGGACGAGGAUAGCACCCGUGACUCGAGGAUCGAUCGCAGCAGCAGAGAGCGCGAAGUUCAUAACGGCGGCCAGGAGGAUCGCGAUAGGAAGCAGCCUUUGAGCCUGCAACAGCAGCAGCAACCACAGCUGAACCAUUACCCGGACUUACACAACCUCUACGCCGUAUCAACUGACAAAAAAAGUGCCUGUGAUAGUAAGCUUAUAGUAGAUCAUUCGAGCCAGAAGACUCAGCCGCAGCAACAACAAAAGGAAUACGCUGCCGUGAGCGGGCUGGUCGUGCAACUGCAGAGGGGCUACAACACCGCGAGCAACAGAUCCGGCGAGUCGACUAACAGCCAACAGCCGGCGGCGGAGCAACGUGGCCCCGCGCUCAGCAUGGAGGACUCCGUAGAGCAGUAGACGAAACUACAACAACAUUGCAGCCUCCCGAUACCAGUCGUCUCCUUACAGUAAUUCGACGGGGCCGCCGAGACGGGAUCGAGAGAUUGUUGCGUUCGUGAUAGACGCCAAAAUCGCUCUAGAUACGCGCGACGAUUAGCAUGACCAAUCGACAACGGAGCAUAUCACACGAGGAACCGAUCCAGUUGACGGGACGCGGAAUCUUUCACGAAAUCGGGAAACUCAACGGGAGAUUCAAUGGAUCUCGAAAUCGCGCGCGACUAAUUGCCUCGUUGCAAUUGAUUGAUUUCUUUUCGAGCGUCCCUCGACGCGGAUUCGGAGUCCUUGAAACGGGUCCAAUCGGUAGAUUAGAGAUCGGAAGCGCGACAGUUUGACAGAUCUCGUCGCCGCAAUCGUCGAUCCUGGAUCGGACGAGCGUACCCGUCCGGCACGCGCACCGGGCUGCAUACUCGCCCGGUGCCCAGCGAUCAAAGCAAAAAGAAAACAAAAAGAAAACCGGCAAUAACACAUACACACUAUACAGGCAACAAUAGACAUUUCACUCAGCAUGGGCAUGAAGCGAUCGCGUGGUGACCGCGGCCACGAUCGCUCGCGGCACUCGCAACGAUCGCCGUGCGACGGAGCAAAGAAAAAUAAAAAAGAAAUAUAAGCAGGUGUAUACAGAUUACUAAAACUCUCUACGUCACAUAUACAUAUUAUCCAGCAGUGAUUUACGCUAAUGCAGAUGCCACGCAGAGCAAUGCAAAAAAAUAAAAAAAUAAAUAAAAAAAUUAAAAAAAAAACAAGGAUCGCCUCGGCCUCGAGUCACGAUUGACCCGGAUCGAAUCGACAGCUAGGACCGCGCGAUCGGGAUAGGGAACGAUUUUACGCGAUCGAUAAGGGUAAUACUACGAUGAAAAGACGACGAAUCGUCCCUCCUGUCGAUCGAACAGGCGCGAUCGCCGAUCGUCGAUCGCGAUGUCACGGGGUCGCGGGCGAGGUAUCCCGCAAAUCAAAACCCGCAGUCAGUGCAGAAUAUAAUAAACGAUAAGUGCAGAGGAAACAAACUACUAUAGUAUAUAAAACACAGAAAGGUAUAUUAUAUAUAUAAAAUAUAUUAAUUAUUAUUAUUAUAUGAUUCUUAUAUGAUUAUUAUUAUUAUUAAAGGAAUACAUAAAACAAUAUUAUUAAUAACACCGAAAAAAAAUACUAUAUUACUACUCUAUUAUUAAUUAUUAUGAUUCUUAUUAUAAAUUUAAUGAAGACAAAAUAACAUUCCAACCGUCAAUGUGCCACACGACUUUUUAUAUGCUCUUAAGGAAAACUAAAAAUGAUGCUAACGCGCGAAGAGUUAUAGGGGUACGCGAGAUUAAACAAGUACCGAGAUGAUCGUCAUAAAGCAGCGUGGACAAGCGAACUUGAAGUGAACAAUUGUUCGCGUAACAAUUGACAGGGCUCCGCGUUAAGAAAGGCUCGUGGGAAAAAUGAAGCAGGGCUAACUUUAACGGGCGCCCCCCCCCCUCCCACCCUCUCCCUUUGUGUAAUUUUUUUUUAUAUUGGUAAAAGCUCGUUGCUUAUUUCGCAGUUAGGAAUCUUUCAUUGAAAGUUCUUUUUUUACAUUAAGUAAUUAUUGUGUUCAGGUAAUACAAUAAUUACUUGCUGAUCGUCGGAUUUAAGUAGGAUCUUUACACGACAUCUAUUUCCGAUUCGUCUCUAUCGUGCCACCAGCUUCUUCUUUCACAUAUAUCGUAAAGAGAUUUUCCGAUUUGAUUUAUACCUCUCGCGGACGGAUUACAAGAGCAAUCGAGAACUAUCGUUUAUAAGGUAAUUAAAAAAAAUUUUUGAUAUCCUCGAGACAAAGUUCGGGAACAAUUUAAAGAUGAUGCACAUCACGAGAUUCAGCAUGAUGUAAAAUUGAGAAAUUUUGGUUUAGACCUUGGGGUUAUGAAAUUAUAUCUGGUGAUUUGAUUCAUCCACGAUUGAAAUACUUGCCGCUUAUUGAGUGUCAGACAGAAGAAUCAACCAAACAAAUGACGCAAAAACGUUUGUCAUUAAAUUAUAAUGAGAGAAGCUUUGGGGGCCAGAAGUAUUCUUGAAUUAAGGACAAAAAAAAGAUUCUUAUUGAACGAGUAUUUUUACCUUGUCAUAGUAGGUUUAUAAUUUAUAGGAUUCGGGAACGAUUGGAUUAUACUUGGAGGAAAACUUGAUGUUGCGUGCUUUAUUCAGAAUUUUCUUUGCUUUUCAUUCGCAGUUUUAUUCCAUAUUUCAUGCAUUGUAAGCUCGUGAGAGCGUAAACGCGGUAAGAGCCAUGCGAUUUAACACGGGGCUACCGCAUGCGAUAAAUGAUACGAAACAAGACAGAAAACCUUCUGUAAAACGGAAUACGUUGCAUAAAGGAGCCAGUGUAAAUAUCUCGAGGAGAUCAUUCGAAGACAACGAACGUUCUCGAUUUCUCUCGCAAAUGAGAGGAGGGUACCCCAUGUUUCCCCGCGAUUGAUUUUGUCGGCCGAUCAGCGACAAAUCCGGGACAAGCAUACGUAAGAGUGAUUACGACGAUUGUCGUUGGGAUUGAAUGAUUAAAUAGACGUAGGCGUAAAAGCAUAUUUACAUAACUAGUUCAUUGAUUACGUGCGUUAAUUGAUGUAACGUGCGCGAUAGCUGUGGGCAAGUGAUUAUUAUUAUUAUUAUUAUUAUUAUAUUAUUAUUAUGUGAUUAUUGUUUUAAAGGUGAGUGUAAGAGAUUGAUACGUGAAUGGGUGAGUUUGAAAGUGCACGCACGCAUGAGUAUAGAUGUUGAGCGAAACUAUCGAAAUACGUACAUAUGCAUGAGACACGCGUAGAUACGGAUACGCGUAUACAUAGUGAACAUAAAAGUGACACGUUAUUCAUUUAUAGUGCUACUGCCUAGACGUAAAAUAUUCCAUACAAACAACCUCUAAAGGAUCUAUAUAUAUAAAUAUACAAAAAAUAUAUGAAUUGUAUAUAAGGUGUUCCAGGUCAGGUCAAUGAAACUUCAGGGUUUUAUAGGAAAUUAAAUUUGGAACAAAAAAGUUCCUUUAAACAUAGGUCUGGAAACGCUUCGUUUAAAAAUUAUAGCUAAUAAACUGUAAGUAAUUAGUUAUGAUCAAAAUUUAAUAAGAACAUUUUUAUGUUUGCAUUUGCAAUGUUUGCACCAUGAAUGUAGUGUUUACACGAAGACCAUCGAAAGGUGAUUCUUUCAAGCUUCUGCUUUCUUCGUUGUUUUGAGCUUAUUUUCUUUUGAACGUCUUAUCAGAAUUAAAUGAAAUUGGUGUAAUUUAGUUUGUUAUUUAAUUACCCAUCAGAUUUAUUCCGUUACUUUUUUCAAAUGAUUGAAGGGUUUUGAAGUUAUUUUUAAAAAUCAUCAAAAAACGUGAUUCUUCGAAGUUUAUUAGCUAUAACUAUUUAACGAAAUGUUUCCGGACUUAUGUUUUUGUUCCAAAUUCAAUUUUCUAUAAGACCCUGAAGUUUUAUUGACUUGACCUGGAACAUCCUGUAUAUACAUACACACACAUACACAACAUCCGUGUGUUUCAAGAUAAAGAAAAGACUAAAUCUAUACAUAUAUACGUGUGCAAAUAUCACUGAAAUAAUCACAUACGCGAUCAUGUGUAAAAUCGCGAUAGGGAUACCCUUGGUAUGCAUAUAAUAAAUACACAAACACAUGCGCAGCAUGUAGAUUCGCGCAGAGAUUCGUGGAUGGCUAUUUGCCGGAUCGCGUGCGUCAAAUGUAAAACCAACAGUGAGAUAACGUGCAUAUGACUUACUUUAUUACAGUAUACAUAUGUAUGUAUGCGUACAUAUACGUCGAUCGAAUAUUCGCCAACGACGGUUGACCGACAUCGCCAUCAUUAUCAUCCUAUCAACAUUAUCAUUCCCAUUAUCAUCAUCAUUAUUAUCAUCGCCGUCGUCGUUACGUAUUAUCGUUACGUCGUUAAGUAUCCUUAUGGAAUCGUUACGAUAAUUAUCCGUUUUGCAGACGCUCGCGCGUCUCUAAAAGCGUCGUCGCGUUCCUUCUUUGCCGUGUAGCCUUUAUUAAUCACCAUCUAUGAGUAGCGAGUCACAUUUCGCCGAAAAUGACAACUUAUUAACGUAAUUAUACGUUAUAUAUAUAUAUAUAUAUCUUUUUACAGAAAAUUGUGAUAUCGCCAUAUUUAAAACAGAUAAAAUAUUAACAAUUCUCCAAAAUGCAAUUCUAAAAAAAAAAUUGUAGUUCUAUUUUGAUUUGUUUUUUGGCAAAUGGCACAUUAAUCUUUCGAGUUUCCUGUGGUUUGAUGGUUCGACCAUGCAGUUUUCUCUUUUUCCUUAUCGCUCUUAUUUUUAUCGUCAAACUUCCGAAGGCAUUUUGAAAAUAUAUCAUCGUUCUGGUUUUCGUCAAAAUCGCUCUUUAUGCGAUGACCUUUUGCACUUUCGGAAAUCUGUUCUCGAGCUUUGUUAUACUUAUUGAAUAUUUGAACGCAAAAUAUUGUAUAAUCGCACUGGAUACGAACUGGACUAAAUUGAAAGAGCCGGAAAAAUUCAAGUAUAAUUAGAUAUCAAGUUCAAUGAAAGGAAGUAGGGCUGGUGAUUUGCUUCGAAGGCUUCGACGUUCGAAGUUUCGAAGGUUCGAAGAUUUAAAGCUUCAGCAUUAAAAUCUUCGAAGAUCCAAGUUUCGAAGCUUCGAACCUUUGAAACUUUGAUACUUCAAUCUUCGAAGCUUCGAAGAAUCAAAAUUAUACAAUUAAUAAUAGUAAUAGUACCGCGAUUACUAUCGAGGUACACAUUUAUAAAAUUAUAUGAUAAAAUCUGAAUAAAAUUUCUAAUGUUGCAAUAAUUAAUGUUAAAUAAUUACAUAUUUUUGAGCAUAUAUAUUAAUUAAUUCCUUUUAUUUACAAUAUUUUUGGCGUUCUCUGAAUGAAUUCGCCAUUCGCACGAAUAUAUUCUUCGAAGUUUCGAAGUUAACUUCGAAUUUAGAAGCUUCAAAUUUUCGAAGUUAUCAAGAGUAACAGCUUUAAAAGGAAGCACUAGCACAGAUGUCAUUUUGAUAUAAUGUACGCACACAUGCAUAUGUAUUAUAAACACUAAAAGCUCAAGGCAAUUUAAAUAUCUGUUUCCUAUGCUACAAUCUAACUCUGUCGGAAAUUUCAGAAGUCGAGAUUUGUCGUUUCUUCACAUUCUGCAUAUAUGUAUACAAAGCGAGAAUCUUAUCGAAUAACAACCUUAUUAGCAGCAACAAUCAAAAGCACAUGUGUUCAUGGAUACAUAGGCUGUAACUGAAGAACUUGAGAGAUCAAAAAAUGCUAAAGGAAAUAGAAAAAGGAGGCGAGAAAAGAAAAUCACUGUCGAAUAUUUCUCGAUCUCCAUAGAAUGAACAUUCGACCCUCCUUCGCGAAUCUUCGAGCUCGCGAGAGGAUCAAUUUUUGUUUGAGCUGUAUCUAUUUUUUUAUAUCGAUCUCCCGUCGUUUGCGGGAUUCUCGUCAUUCCACGAUCAUUCCACCGCGUUCUUCUAAUCGUACUUUUGAGUAAAUCGUUUUGAGCGCAUCCACACGUGAUUGUCAGAAAGUCAACGUCCGCGGCUGUGCGGAAGACUACACUAAAGUCAUUCCAGUGAAGAUACAUACUUCAAAUUCCUACAUUGUAUAAUGCUUUUUCUUGUAGCUCCUUUUCUCUAUUUUGACACGAUAUACAACAAACGUCAGACAUUUUUCUGUUUUCGUAACGUCCGCAAUUGGAACGAGUUAGUUUGCGCGUUUGUUGGGGUCUGCUUUGUCUCUGAAUGCAUCGAGCGAUAAUGUGCGAAUGCUACGAAAACAUUUUCACUCUCCGUUUACGGUUGCUCUUCCGGCAAAUUUUCUGGCAGGUGCGCGGAAGGCGCCCAUCUUGCGCGACAAUGUGGUAAGGCACGCAUGAAUAUAAAGGUGCAUGUUGCAUCAAAGUAUCGGAACGUUAUAAAGGAAAUGAAAAAGCGAAGGGAAAAAAAAACCAAGUCUCGCAACUUUCCUGAGCGAUAGCGAACGCGAAUGGGGCGCCUGUUGGCUUUACUGAGAAAAAUGUCAGGAUUAGCGUGAAUGAAAUUAUAAUCCUACGAAAACGUUAGUCAAAUGUUCCAAAAGACAGCGACUUUUUUAAAAAAUAUGCAAAAGAUCAGGACAGUACUUAAACAUCCUUUAGACAUUCGUAUUAUUUAAUUGAUAAAUAAAAUUAAAUUGAUAAAUGAAAUAUUUAACGAGCCUUAUAUAUCGCGGAACUACAGAUCCACGCUGCUUUACUACGAUGUGGUCCAACGUGAAAUAAAUCGUAAUUCUAAUUUGGUUGUAUAUAUAGAUUGUGCGAAUCAUAUUUGUACAUACCGCGUAGACGUAUAUACGUUUUUUCUGUAAAGUAAAAACACAUUUCAAUAGCUGCGGUCGAUCGAACCGAUUCUUCUUCAUAGGCAGAAAACACGCUUAGAAAUCCGUUUUAACCAACCACGAUCCUACGUUAAAUACUCAUCGUAUGAUUAUCUAUCGCAAAAGUGUUAACAGACUUCUCGCGUGUGGCUAUUCUACGAUCGGUGUUUCGAGAACUGUGAUUUUGGUGUUCCGAGAGAAAAAUCGUGAAACCAAUUUAAAAGAAAAAAAUACACGUUAGCCGCAGAAUUAUAUUCAGUAAUAAUGUACUCUCGAUCGCCGCUCGAAACGCCGAUCAGUAGCCGUCAUUGUAUAUUAUCCAUUGUUUUGCUCCUCAAAUGAUCCGUGUAACACGAUAGAUGUUUUUGAAGGCACAACAAUUGCCCGGAUCUUUCGGAAUAUCGUCGAUCGCGUUAAGCGCGACCCGAAACCUACAACAAUUAAUAUCGAUCGAUAUUAAUCUCGCGAAAUAGCGUCAGGGAGAGGUGUGCGUUUUAUCCUCUCUCUAUUACGCCGAUCGAAUCCUAUUUAUCGCUCUUCUCUUCGCCUCGAACUCGCCUCGUUUGACGAGGCCCUUUGUCGGAGGACGAAGAGAAGAACACAAUCUCAGGAUUGAUCGGCCGCUAACGCGACGUCGGUCGUCGACCUUCCGACGAUUCGGCCAUAAGGGCACUCCAUUAAACAGGUCGUUUAAUUAAUCCCCAAAGCUAAUCAAGCAAACAGAGCCAGUUCUAUCGCGUAAAACACCGCGGGCGCUUUUAUUGAGCGCACGCCUUUCGGGCGCCGUUGUUUUUAUCGUUGUAUCCAGCACGGCGGGAGCUUAUUUCUUAAGCGAAGCACCCCUCCCUUAACCCUUCCCUUAACCCACCGUCCCCUUUCCCCUCAUCGAUCCCCCAUGCGAUCCCUCUCGAUUCGAUCCCUCGUAGGAGGACCCGGGUUCUCUACAAACACGGUGGCAGGAGUAGCGCGAGCGGGUCAGUUACAACCCGCCGACGUUAAUGUUUUAACGACGCGUCUUUUUUUGUACCUUACUUCUUUGUUCUCGUGUCCCUUCGUGAUCGUUCGUCAAGUACAACAAUAGCGACAGCAACAACACGACAGAGCGCGCAAAAGCGGGAUUAUAAAGCGCGCGUAUCUCUCGCACCUUCAGCGCGUACCUUCGUACCUUCUCGAUCGAGAUCGUCCGAUGCUCGAUUGACCUUUACGCUCUACCCUCAAUUUCUCCCUCUUCCCCCCUCUCAUUUUCCUUCCACACCCUCGUCCCCCUUUUUGAUUUAAACGAUAUAUCUUCUAGUUAUUAAGGUACCCGAGAUAAGUCCGAGGCGUAUCGAGGAUCGGACACUUCUCUCGACUCGGAAUAAAUUGUUAUGAUGCAAGGGUUGUUAUACACAAGUAGUAGUGUGUGUAUGUGUGUGUGCGCGCGCGUUUAAAAAGGGAAGUCUUAAUCAGGCGCGAGAAUAGGAUAGAGCGUCUCGACGGUAGCGUAAAGAUAUGACAAGAGUCGAUUUAUCUCGUUGGGGCUUUGGAACAUUCAAUUAAAUUAUCGCGUAUAAAUAUUCUAGUUAUUGACGGGCGAGUUUUGUUCGCUCUCCGAGAGCGACUAUCGUCUUAUUGAUAUAAUGUAAUUGGCGCCGCUGUGAUAAUUGUUGUCUUGACUGUGAAUUACGAUGCGAAAUCGAUAUAUCAAAAGAAAAAAGAAAAAAAAAGGAAAAGAAAAAAGGAAUAAAAAGAUAAGUCCGUCGAAUGCCAAAUGAUCGUUGAAGGGAAUUCCUUUUUUUAUAGUUUAACGUAAUGUAAUACGAUCGCGACGAUUAACACAUACGAAUGAGUCGGAAAAUUUAGACAAUACGGUCGCGAUUCAAAAUGUAUCGCUGAAUCAAAAUUAAAAUGGAAAUGUAUUUAUAAAGAGAGAGAAAAGAUAAAAAACACUGUGCUAAGGAAACUAUGUGGCGAGAUGAUGAGAAUUGAGAUCUCGAUCCAACGAUAUGCCUCGAUCUCCGACCCACCUAUCUCCCCCUCCCCCUCCCCCUAUCUUAAGACGUAAACACUUUCCCGUAAGCUUGAAUAGGAGAAUCGUACGUAAAGCAGCAUGCGACCAUACAUAUACAUACACUUUCUCAUUGCAAGACAUACACACACACACACACACACACACACAUAUACACAUUCACAAGCGCGAACACGCGGGUAUACCACACACGCAUAUACGUUCGUAACGAAGUAUACAGUCUUAGUGCAGUGUUUCAUAUAGUUAGAUAGAGGCGGCGAGAGAAUAUUUUUUAUAUUCUACAUGGAUUUUACAGUUAUAUAUUAUCGUUUCGUACCGGAAUGGAGAAAAUUUAAGGCGCGUCUAACGCGGUAUAUAGAUAUGCAUAUGUACUAUAUAUACGAAAUCACACGAUAUACAUACACACACAUACACACAGACACACGCAUACGCGAUCUUUGAAAUACGUGUCGCCAAUUAUUGUUUAGAUCGCGAUUGUGUAUCGAUUAUCGAUCAAUCUUAUUGCGGUAGGCGCUGUCGUUUAUCGUAUAUACGUGUAUACAUAUACGUACAUAUAUACACACACUCAUAUAAGCUACGAACAAACACGCAUACGUAUACACAAUAGCGUAAGCGCAUACGUGUCGUUUGUGCGAUCUCGUCGACGAUUAUAUAUUAUCUCAUCGCUCAACGACAGUGCGACAGGUUUAUCUAAGGGCUUCUCGGAAGGGGGGGGGGGGUCGAUUAAAUGCGGAUAUCGACAACGGAUGCACGUGACCGACGCAUCCCUUGCACUCUUUCUCCUUCCGGCCCGAAAGCUUUUUCUUACUCCUGUUCCGUGAAAGACAGUGUCGGAGGAAACACGGCAGGAUAGAUCGCGAAAUAUCGCGCAGGGCAUUCAUACACACAUACAUACAUACACAUACGAGAAUACUAAACAAAAUGUAUUUGCAAAUUAAUUUACUGAUUGUUUUUUGACGGAACGAGAUAGUCAGAGAUUGAAAUCGGUUUUUUCCUCGCCAAUUUUCUGGCAAUUUCUCACGUUAUACCAUACGUCAAAUCGUCGUCGCACGAGUAUUUUGACGUGUCUAUACAAAGUGUGAGAAUUUAAACCUAUAAGAGGAAUAUGUGUACAACGGUUUUGAUCGCUGAUCACGAAGAACAGGAAAAGGAGGUACACACAUACGUAUUGUAAAACACGCGUACAUGCGCCGGGCGAGAGCAAUUUCGAAAGCGAAUUGACGUAUACAAACGUAAUAUUUGUAUGUAAUUAGAGUAUUAUUGUUUAAAGCGUAUAUAAUUAAUAGUGUUACUUUUGUUGCGACUUUGUUUGAAUGUUCGAGAUAGGGCGACGAUUCCACUCUCGUUGAGCGCGUCGAGAUUUGCCGAAACAAUGGCGGUUCUACAGCUCCAGAGCAAAUUUCUUUCGGAUACGAUUUAUAAAAAUAUCUUUUUUGAUUAGGAAAACAUAUUUUUCGCGCAAAUGAUUAUCACAAAUGAGAGCAUUUUAUUAUGUUAAUAAAUAUAAUAUCGUACAGAUAAAUUUUUUUCGUCUUUAUUCUUUUCAUUAGUGAAACGUGAUAACUGAAGACAUCUUUGAUGGGAUUUGGAGCGAUCGCUUACAUUGUUUUAUCGAUAAAUCCGUCAUUUUGCGAAGGCAAAUCUCGAGGUAAAGGAUUUGCACGCCGUGUGCGAAUUGACGGGGAAUCGGCGCCGGACGAAGAAAAUGAUGCGCGCUUCGUGCGACAAGAUGCGAGUGAGGAAGGACGUUCGCGGGGAGAAUUAGGCGAGUAAUAAUUGACGAGGCGUGGCGAAGUGGAAAUUCAUCGGCGGUAGUCUGCUACUAAUUGGACCGCGAUCAAUUUUGGAGGAGAAGCGAGCCAAUUUCGCGCCGAACGAUAAACCAAUUGAAAACCAAGGUCUCUGUUGAUAUUGUUAAUUGUUAAUGCAAAGUCGGGAUAUAUAUCCGUGAUCUGCACAGUUGGAAAAUCUAUUUUCUUGUUAAAAAAUAUGCCGGUUAAAAUUUUUGUGUUAAAUAUUUAACAUAUUUAUGUGUUAAUUUAAUAUAUCGAUGUUGUGUUAAUUGAAUUCAAAUUAAAUUAUUGAAACGAAGAAAAUGUAAAAAUAACACAAUGCGCAUCUAUUUUUAAUUUUACACAAUAGAUAUGUUCCGUAUUAUUAGUGACAGGAUUUAUCUGUUAUUUACAGAAAAAAGUGUUGAUCUCUUAUUCUACAAUAAGAGUGACAAUGAGUACAGAUUGUCAAUAACAUUUUCCAAGUUAAUUUUAUCAUUAAAAAUAUAUUGAUUUUACACAAAAUUUAUUUCAAAUUACUUUGAGGUUUGCAUUUAUUUUUUAUGUCAAAAUAUUAACAUAGUAUUAGUGUCACCAUUUAACAUAUCGAUAUUAUGUUAAAUUAACACAAAAAUUUGUGUGGACCGUUUGGUACAUGUAAUAUCUGUUAAAUUUAACACAAAUUUUUCAAUUGUGUGUGAUCGUGUUAUUGCUUUUCGAAAGAGAUGGCUUUUUUUUUCUUUUAUUAACACGCAGCUUCUUCUUGGCAAUUAAGCACGCCGUCACGUGUGACACACGCAGAAUCUAUGAUUAUCCUUCGUGAUUAAUAAUAUCGGUUCGAUGCGAUUCUCGGGCUUAUUAAACGCACGUAAAAAUCGAACAUCGCGUUUUCCGAUAUGCGCAAAAAGAAAUCCAGGUUUCAGUUAUCGGAAGCUGGAGCACUCUAUCUCCAUAUUACUGUCGGAGGAUAUUAAAAUGCUAUUGAGGAUACUUCGGACCGAUUAUCACCGAAAGUGUGUAUGUGUGUGUGUGUGUGUAUAUGUGAAGGCUUUAAUUAAAUUCUCUUUUAAUAAUAAAAAAAAUUUGGUUUAAAAAAAAUAUAAAAUCUUCAUAUGUAUCAUCGAUAAUUUUCCACUUCGUUACGAAUGCUGCGAAGUUUUUGCUAUUUAAGCCUUUUUUACGAUCGAUGAGAAAUUAGACGCGGAAAAGAAAGCGUGCGAAAAACGAUGUAGAACAAUAUAUAAAAAAUUAUGAUAAAGCAAAUUUCAUGUAAGCCUUUCGAGCGUCUUUCGAAUUGCAACGUGGCGCACGACGAAUGGAAAUGCAGUCGAAAGCUGAAUUUUUGAACGAGAGAAUGAGAACGAAACUAGAAAGAAAAAGCGAGAUAUGGGAGAAAACAUGCGAGAAGGCAGGUAAGAGCGAGCGAGAGGACGAGAGAGCGAGAUCGACGUAAAGUAAUCAAAGGGCAUUUUGUUGUGCGAUCUCUGUGAAUGAAUGCGAGAGAGUGAUGGCGAAACGAUCGCGGUUGCGUACGUGUUUCGUAGUUUUCAAACAUGUGAUACGUCAGCCGGCAAGCUCGACUUCCGGGCAUGCAUCGGGAAGAAGCCGGCUGGGGUCUCUUCCGGUCGGCAAAUCAAAAGGUGCCGCGAAAAAGUGUCGGAAGUGUCGCAUCGGAGGUCGAAGCUGGCUGGGUGGCGCACCUUUCGAAGGUUCUUUGAAGUGUAGAACGCUCUUUUGUUGACGGUUGAUUGUUGUCAAAAUGGUUGUGAGGUAUAUUACUAUUUGAAGUAUAUUAACGAGAGAGAAAGAGAAGGAGAGAGAGAACGAAAGAGAGAGAGAGAGAGAGAGAAAGAGAAAGUUAUACGAGGGGCGGAUUCGGGUUCGGCGAGAGAUGUCACGCGAUUUCGAUCAACGAAAUAUACGAUUCGAUAGACCAGAGCCUCGCGGGAAGGAUUCGCGAACGGGAUUUACACGCGGAUAUUUUCCCCGAAUGUUCGAAGUCGCGUCGCGUCUCGCUCGCGCGAGCCCGUCUUACGAGAAGAGACGAGAGGAAAAACGUGCGCUCUCGCGGGAUCCCGUGUCGAGGGGGCAAAAAAUUAACGAUAAAUUCAUAGCGACGUGUAAAUUUGCUUUUGACGUUGUUGAUCGUUGCACGUGAGAGUUCAUUACUAGUCCGGUGUGCGAUUGUUUUAUAAUUCCGCGGCCCGUAAUUGAUACGGUUGCGUCGAAAACCGAUCGAGUCGGUUCAAGUGUCGGGUUCUCGAAUUAUCUAUUCGACGACGGACUGUAAAUGUCAUUGCUCGCGCGAUGGAGCGAGAAUAUUGGACAAUACGAAAACAAUCGCUCGUAUCUUCUCACUCAGCAGCAGUCUGAUAACAAAUAACUUGUUUAUUUGUUUUAUUUAAUUGCGUUCAAAAAUUACAUUCUACUCUCGACCAUUCAAAUGUUGCAUUCUAAUCCGUAAAUUCUUUACAUUUUUGUUUUAAUAAUGGUACUCAUACGAAUUUUAUAUUUCAUAUAAAAUAUAUAUAUGUUGCAACUUACUUAUAUAUUAACGUUGAUUUAGAUCUUAUUUACAAAAGUUUUUGUUAAUUGUAAUGCUUAUGAUAAUUACACGUUAAAUCGUAUAACGAAAAAUUCGCAAUUGCGGAAAGAGAUUAGAAACCGCGAGAGCGACGAAAGUCAAUUUAGAAAAAACGCGCAAUUUACUAUAAAUUGCCAUUGUUAAUUAUAUAUACAUAUAUAUAUAUUGUAAUUAAACACAUACACGGUGAUCAGACGAAUUGGAACGCCGCAAAGGAGACUGAAUGCUUUUGCGAAUGACUUUGCGAGCGCACGUUUUCCCCUCGCGGAAAGAUGAACGUGUUACACACAGUCGUCUCCGAAAGAGAAGCGCGUACAACUGGCAUUAUAUACAUUAUACGUGGAGUCCGAUCUGAAUCGAUGGCGUCGCGACGUCUUUUCGCGUUUUCUCGGAGACGCUCUGACGAGGACGCAGACGCGCGUUCCGAUCGGGACUCGGCGGAAGAAAAAUAUGAGACUGAUAUAAAGCAGUAUUCGAGUGCGAGAAAAUUGUAAAUUCGCGAACAAAUUAUACGCGGCGUAGCCUUAAUAAGAAAGAUUAAUUAGGUUUAUAUUCUCGGCGACCCUCCGCGGUAGCGACUGUGGUCGCGCGAUAAAAAAUUAUCUCAAUUGGCUGUAAACGGAAAGAAAAAAAAAAGGGAAUAA